GUCGGCGGAGUUAUAAGCACGCCAACGGUCAACAUUGCAAAGAAGCACAACAAACCCACUCAUCGAUCCUCGUCAUUCUAAUCGCACAAAUCUCAGCCAUCCAUUCCAAGCCCCAACCAAUCAUAUCAAAGCACACGGAUCCUCACAGUUUCAAAACCCCCCGUCUCUCCCUCUAUAUAUAUAACCUAACCGCAAACUUCUUCCACCCACGUCGCUUUCUACUUCUGCAGUUCUGCGUCUUCUUCGAUCCCGAUCAAAACCUUCUCUCCAGAUUGUCGCUGUUGAUCUCUGCGUUGGUAUUGUAAUCGGAGCAAUGGCCCGUACCAAGCAAACGGCCCGGAAGUCUACCGGCGGAAAGGCUCCUAGGAAGCAACUCGCUACCAAGGCUGCUCGGAAAUCUGCACCUACCACAGGUGGUGUGAAGAAGCCCCAUCGUUACCGCCCUGGAACAGUUGCCCUCCGUGAAAUCCGCAAGUACCAGAAGAGCACUGAGCUUCUCAUCAGGAAGCUUCCAUUCCAGAGGCUAGUCCGAGAAAUAGCACAGGAUUUCAAGACAGACUUGCGUUUCCAGAGUCACGCAGUUCUCGCCCUCCAGGAGGCCGCAGAGGCGUACUUGGUUGGUCUGUUUGAGGACACAAACCUAUGCGCCAUUCAUGCCAAGAGGGUCACCAUCAUGCCCAAAGACAUUCAGCUUGCCAGGCGCAUCCGUGGAGAGCGUGCUUAAGUGAUGAUUUUGACCCAACCACCACCAUAUGAUAGGUUCUUUAGAUAGAGUCUAGAACAUUGUUCUGUUUUCACAUUCUGUUUAGUUGAAUGAUACUACAUAUAUGUUGAUUACAGUCGACUUCGUUCAUGCAUUCUCUUUUGGUUGUUUACAUUGCCAUUCUAUCUUUUGGGGUGAUAAAUACCUGAAACGGCUGAGGACGUAAAUUGAGUCUCGACGGAAUGAAUCCCAACAUUCAACAUUAGAAAAUAUGAGAAACUCAACUUUAAAAAGGAAAAAACUUUGAAGGAAAAG